AUAUAAAUCGUAAAAAAUUUGUAUCUAACUCUCUAUUUCCUACUAUAAGUCCUGGUGAUUCACAAUUAUAUUCAAUAGAUCAAUACAUAUCAGAUAAUGUUACGUCGUGGACUCGAUCUUGGUCAUCUAAUGCGCACACUCAGUAUGAAGUUGAACCAUCCUCAAUGGAUGAAAAGAUUACAAUAUCUUUAACCGAUAGUGAACAAUGUUCUCAACAAUGCAUAUUCAUUGAUCAUAUACAAAAAUUUGAAUCUAUGGAUGUUUUAAACGAAUCUUCUGUGAUAAAUUCUAUAAAAGAAAUUGAAUCAUCGACGAUUAGUCAGAAUGAUUCAUGUCAAGAAAUUUUCUAUGAUGAUGAAUCAGAGUCCGCCAAAAAUAAUUAUCCUCAAGAAACUUUACGUUCUUCAACGUCGUCAAAACAAUGCAUUGAAUCACAAAACAUGGAUAACGAAAUCGAUACAUGUUCCGACUUUUAUCCGGCGGUGGAACAGCAAGAUGGAUAUGAUGAAGUUGUAAGUUCUUCAGUUGAAUCCUUGGAACUAUCUCCAGAAAAAUCUCGCGAUAUCAAAUCUCCCGAAAGUAUUUCACACGAUAUACAGCAAAUAGAAGAAACUUUGCAAAUGACACAAUCAGUUUCAAGUGUUGUGUCACAAGAAAAUGAAAUUCUUGAAAAAAUUGAAAAUAAAGGUGAACGAUGCCUUUUGGAUAAUUCUCUAUAUAUAACCGUUGUUCCUGAAGAUGUUGAAUCUCCAACUAAAAAGGUUUCCGAUAAUCCCAUACUUAUAGAGCGUGCACCAGCAUCUCUCGGUGAUAUACCUCUUGAUAUUUUUAUAGAAAUAUGCUAUCAUUUACCACCAAAUUCUCUCUUCGCGCUUAUUGGUGUAUGUAAGCAAUUUAGAAAUUGGUUACGUUCAAGUUCAUCACAUAUUACCACAGAUAUUUGGAGAACUCCUCGAACAAAAUUUAUAACUUAUUUACCAAGACCACCACCUGUUGGCAUAGAUGAGAUUACCUAUAUUAAAUUAGCUAUGCUGGAACGUGGUCCUGAUAAUCUUCCUCAAUGGGCAAAAUCUCCAAUCGACAUCACGACAGUUGUACCUUAUGAAAAUGUUCCUGUUCUUAAUUCUUCUACAGGUGCAAAAAUCAUGGCUUAUUUAAAUUCGCAUCUAGAAAGUGCGCGUCGUGAAUUCAUAUCAACACCUCCUAAACAUCGUGCUAACUGGAUUCAAAAGAAAAAAUCUAUGGUUGCCCAAAUUUUAACAAAUGUCCAAAAACGUGAAAGGCUUGAUGAAUUAUAUCUUCGUAAGAAAUCCUUAGAAGAUAUGAGAACAUUUAAAAUGUUGAUCGAGGAGUUUAAACAAACAAAGGACGAAAGAGGACUAAAACCUUAUAAAGAAAAAUAUAUAGUUCAAUUACCUUCUUACAUGGAAGCAAAAGAA